AUGGUGGUAGAAAAGGAUGAAAAAGAGCCUGGCUGCAGUGACAGUGAGGGUGCAGAAUACGAUGACUGUAGUGAAGGAGAGACUGAGACGGCAGCACAGGAGUCAACCGAAGCAAUGGGAGCUCAAGGGGAAACUGCUGCUGAUCCCAAAGAUAAUGUCCCUAAAGAAAAACAAACGAAACCAAAGACAAAAAGGAAAAGAAAAAGGUGGCUGCUGGUGAAUUUAACAACAUGUAAAUAUGAUUCAGUGAAACGUGUAACAAAGAAAUUUGGCUUUCGAGAAGUUAAUGAUGAAGAAGACUUCAUUUUAUACUGGACAGAUUACUCUGUCAGUCUAGAACGAGUCAUGGAUAUGAAAAAGUACCAGAAAAUAAAUCAUUUCCCUGGAAUGAGUGAAAUAUGCCGUAAGGAUCUGCUAGCUCGAAACAUGAAUCGUCUUUGGAAGCAGUUCCCUAAAGAUUACGCUAUUUUCCCAAAGACUUGGUGUUUACCAGCAGACUAUGGAGAGCUUCUCGCUUACAGUCGACAAAAGAAGAGCAAAACAUUCAUAGUUAAACCUGAUAGUGGCAGCCAGGGACGUGGUAUUUUUCUUACCAGGUCUCCUAAGCAAGACAUUAACCCUGGAGAAGAUGUUAUUUGUCAACAGUAUGUAACUAAACCCUUCUUGGUUGAUGGGUUUAAAUUCGAUCUUCGUAUUUACGCUUUGGUGACGUCAUGCGACCCAUUAAGAAUUUUUGUAUUUGGCGACGGCUUAGCACGAUUUGCCACUGUCAAAUACACGGAUCCAACAAACAGUAAUUUGGAUAACAUGUUCCUGCAUCUUACCAACUAUUCAAUCAAUAAGGCCAGUGAUGAUUUUAUAAGAGACGAAGAAACAGGCAGCAAACGGAGAAUAACGACAUUGAAUAGAUGGUUUGUUGAGCAUGGCUAUGAUAUCGACCAAAUUUGGGGGAGAAUUGAUGACAGUAUUAUCAAGACACUGAUAUCAGCCCAUCCGACCUUGAAGCACAAUUAUCGAACAUGCUUUCCAAAUCACAAUAAAGGGAGCGGUUGUUUUGAAAUUCUUGGCUUCGACAUUCUUCUCGAUAAGAAGUUAAAGCCUUGGGUAAUAGAGGUAAAUCACUCCCCAAGCUUUACAACCGAUUCUAAACUAGACAGAGAAAUCAAAGACGCAUUUUAUGACACUUUAAGACUUGUGAACUUCUCGUUGUGUGAUAAAAAGAAGUGCAUUGAAGAAGAAAGAAGAAAAGUCAGGGAACGACUAUUGCAGAAGCCUAAAGGAAAAGAUCACAAACGCGAAGAUGAUCAAGACAACACAGCUGACCUGGAAACACUGACAAAAUACGAAGAUAAGCAUCUCGGGAAUUUUAGGCGCAUUUAUCCGGAAGGCAACGAGGAAAAAUACAUCAUUUUCGAAAACAGUUGUUCGCUGUUUCAAGAAACAGCCGCUUCGAAGGCGCGUUCAGAGUGCGCACGCAUCCAGCGAGAGGAAAUAAAACAAAAGAAUCAGGAGGUUGAUAUUAUGCGGAAGAAGAAUUGUGGGAAAAGAAUAUCAGCUGACGGAGUGCGACCAGAAAGCCCCCGGCCAGGGAGGAGGAUACGCAGGGAUCGUCAUCAUUACAAGUCAAAGGAUCAUAAAUUAAAGCAAAAAGAAUUCGAUUCUUCUAAACCGAUGCCAAUCGAUGAAAACGAUGAGCUGGAAAGAAUCAGUGCCAUGAUGCAAAGAGACAGCCUCAUUCGCAGUUUGGGUGUGGUUGAUCAAGUUCAUCGCAUGUUGAGUGGAACUUCUCCUUCGAAAAGAGGCAAUGAAGAUCAAAAGGAUGAUGCGAAAAAGACUCAAGACAACGGACCACAAAAGCCUCCGACUUUGCACAAGGCGCGACCCCACAGUAACAAUACACAGAGUAUCACCAUACGAUCAUAUUUAGGACGGUUUUUAGCCCAGUCAAAACCUAGCAUUGGGUUGAACCCAAUCGUUACUUCUGCAGUGACUACAGAUAAGCCUAGCAAUGCGCAGCCAGUGAAAAUUCCACAGUCGCAAUCUAGCCAGAGUAUUGACAAACGCAAUGUUUUACCCUUUGGUGUCAACUACUCAGCGCUACACAGGCCUAAACUUAACAGCAGAAAUCCGACCGGGCCUACUCGGACAUUUCAUGGAAGUUCAGUCAUUGAGCAGGAAAUACGUGCUUUGGCCCGGUUAGAGAACGAUAGCGGUAACUUAGAUAAGUAUGAAAGACUUGAGAAACAAUUACAAAAUACCGGAUCCAUUGUUUUGAAUAAUCGACACCUUGAACAGCGAAUGAGCAAUCCGGAAAUUCUCAGUCCACCAUACGGCCCAAUCUUACCAUCUCAAACAUACUCGAACCUGAAUCGAUACUGCAAGCCGGACCAGAGUGUGGGCUUAUCAAUAAUAUCUACUCCGGCACCGGUCCAGUAUAAAGAGGAUAUCCAAACAAAGACCGCUAUUGGAUCAAUUGGCUCCGGUCCUCUUGAGAUCAAUGGCAUCUGUAGCAAAACUACGAAGACCCAGCGGGCACGUGGGGCAUCAAAUACUGUUCGAUUAAAACAAAUGGAGCUGGUUGAAAGCAGAGCUUUAGCUUUGAGCUAACAUUCAACGAAGACAAAAAGAGGAAAAGGAACGAGGAGUUGUUUGAUGGUAAAUACACCCCAUGGACGAUUCUUAAACUUAAAAUCAGGAAUUUUAGUG